GAUGUUCAUUGAUGCUUGAUUUUCAUCUCAGAACGAUCUAUUCCUAUCGUAAGAAGCACAGGGCGCACCAACGCGUCGCCAACAGUGUCACGGUGCUCGUGCGUGAAUAUUCGAACAAUAGCGCGGCAGAAAAUCAGUGUUUUUUCCGACUACACCCACCCGAUCGUCGAUAUGGGACAGGAUGAUGAGGAUAUCGCUUUCAGCGAGAAGAUUAUCAACGAGAUCGAUGGAGUGUUCAUGCGUGAUCCGGAUUUAGUUGGAUUUGAAAUCAUACCGAUGCCACUGAAUCAAAACAAAUCCCCGGUGAUCCACGUGGAGCACAAUCUCGGAUUACAAUCAUGGUGCAUUGAGUGUGUGUACACCUAUUCGCAUCGUUUGAUAUUGCAAUAUCGCAACGAGUGCAAAUCAUCGAAUACAUUUCCGGCUGCCUGCGGAUUAGUCGCUUGGAAUGUGUCCGACAAGGGCAAACUCAGCACGGUGGCAGGUGGUCCCGGCCCCGGCAGCAAUGCUAGCAAUGGUACGAACGUUCCCAUCAUCAAGUACCUAAACUGUGCAAUACUGAUUAACCCGGAUGUGGCCACGUUUUGGAACCUGCGACGGCAGCUGUUUGCGAAGAAUCGCUUGGACAUCGCCAAGGAGUUCCAUUUCUCAGCAAUUGUUCUUAGCAAAAAACCCAAAUCGAAUGAAGCUUUCGCUUACAGGCGAUGGUUGUACCUGUUUCAAAGUACCGACGCCAUCGAUUGGGCGUUCGAGAUAAGCUUGUGUGAAAAAUGUGCGGACAAGAGCAAUACCAACUAUCACGCCUGGUGCCACCGGCAGUGGGUGCUCGUGCAGGCACCCGACCUUCUCAAGUACGAGGUGUACAAGACGGAAAAGUUUAUCCGCAAGCACAUCCACGACUACAGCUGCUACAACCACCGGCAGUUUGUGCUCUCGCAGAUAUUCGAAACGUGCUGCUACGACAAGGAGGACGACGGUUCCGAGGAUAUUGCGGAAACUAUCGGUGACGGCAGUUUGCAGACUGCUGGACGUAGCCGAAAAUAUAAUGCUCUCUGCACGCUUAUCGAAGCGCUGACCGGUGGAAGAGCUGUACCGUCGCCCACGGACGAAACCACGGUGAACAAUCUCCUUCGCUACCUGCUACCUGCCAUUACCAAAGAGCACGAACUGAACCAACACCGUGUGCAAACCUUCCUGUACUGCUUGAAUCUGGCCGCACACGAUCUGCGUCUGUGCGAUGAGCUGAGCACGUUGCACAGCGCUUCUCAAGCGCUCGAAAACCAUCGGAAGUUUAUGGUGAAGUUUCUGGUCGAUCGGCUACGGGUUGGGUCGGGCUGGCUGCUAAACACAUCGGCCGCCAUCUAUGCCAACCCAGGCGGAUGCCAACAACCACUGUCGAAAGUAACGCGCCUCGACGAGGAUGCGAGCGAGUUUCUGCAGGCGCUGAAAGUGCACGAACUCCACCGAUCGCACGAUAAUCCCCGGCACGGUCAAUGGUGCAAAAUGUUUCUGGGAAUUGUGCCGGAGCAGUAAGCAAAGCAAACCGGAUUCGCUUCGUUCAUGUUCCUAGUCAGUGCUCUUUUUUGCGUAUCGUUAAACCGCGCUGCUCCUGGUACCCUCCCACUGGUACCCUGCCUGGUUCUUCGUUAUCCUUGCCCUUCAAAUCGCAAAUGCAUGUGUAUGUGAUAACGAUGUUAAGUUUUCGAAUGAGAGUUUAUGAUGAUUAUUUGUUUUGUUUUAUCCAUUUGCAAAAACGGAAGACACCACGUGCUUAUUUAAAAAAUCCCCUUUUUGUGCAAUCAUAUUGCUGUAGAAGGUAGAGUUUGUCGUCGCUUCGCGCUUCAUCCACGUUUGUCGACGCACGCUCGUACGCACAAGGGGCUCGAUUUCGUAAAAGAAAACAGUAGUGAUUUUUUUUGUCUUUAACAAUCAAUAAAUGACAACAUUUUUGAGA